CACAUAUCUCUUUUCGAUGCGAAUGGCACUCUCAUUAAACCCUUCUUCUACUUCUUCUUCUUGUGAUGCCUCCUCAUUAUACCCAGAUCCAUUUCAUGCAAAUGUUUCUAACUUUGUUUCUGUGAAGCUUUCCAGUGAACGAAACUACCGUCUAUGGGAGAAGCAGAUGGGGUGCCUGCUGAAGAGUUACAAUCUGCAUGGCAUUGUAUGUGAACCAAUUACCCCAGACCUCAUUACCCGAUUUGACAGACUUGUCAAGGGUUGGAUUUUUGGUUCGAUUAGUGAAGAGCUACUUGACAAUGUUGUCGAACUUGAAUCAGCUAAAGCAGUUUGGGACAAACUACAAUCUAUCUACUGUCCGACUAUAAUGAUUCCUCAAAAAGAUAUUGUUUCAGCAGAGACAACCACAGAAGCAGAAGUAGCAGAAAGGUCGACAAUAAAAGCAGAAGAAUUCUUGCUUAGACGCAUGGUUCCAAAAGAAGCAGAAGGGUCGACAAUAAAAACAGAAUUCAAGAGUUAUUUAAAGCUAUUGAGGAACAGAACCCAACAGCGGGAAAAGGUAAAUUAUAAAAACAUGAUAAAAGAGGCGUUUUCUGCGCAAAGAAAAGGGGCAAGCAACAGCGAUGGCAACACUGUACUUCAUAUAAUGGUUGGGAUAGGUUUCAAUUAUUUUGUCAAUGAGAUGUUAUCAUUAAUCGAUGCAAAAGUAUUACUUAAAAUGCAAAAUCAAGAUGGUAGCACAGCCCUUCACAUUGCUGCAAUCGUUGGCAAUAAACCUGCAGCAGAGCUCUUACUUAAGAAAAACAAAGAUUUGCUGGAAACAACAGACCAUAAAAAUAAAACACCUUUGGAUAAAGCUUUUGAAAAUAUGCAUCUUUCUACCGUUGAAUGCUUGUUGAAAGCAGCCAAUGAUGAUGGGAAAACCAAGGGAACGCCUAUCAGUGUAGAUACAAGAAAAGGCGUCAACCUUCUUGUUAAUGCCAUUUCUGCAAAGAAGUAUGAUUUAGCAAAGGAGUUAAUCAAAAACAAUCCUGAAUUUGCUGUAGAAGAAGAUGAUGUACUGAUGGCAAUAGCUAAGACCUUUCCAAGUGGGCUAAACUUUUGGGAAACAUUCAUAUAUCCAAGUCCAAAGUAUUACUGUAAUGGCAUAGUCACGAGAGCUAAGCGCUUGUUUUAUUUAUUAGAACGUCUCUACAGAAUCAUAGGGGAUACGCUUAACAAUAAUAGAAGUAUAGUGUUCCUCAUGAAAAGAACCAUUCCAUUAGGGGUACUAUCAUGGAUCUUCAACUUGAUUUGCAUCCUGAUAACAAUGGUUUAUUUACCAUUCGUUAUGGUUUAUUUUUGCUUGUGGGAGUUUUCAAAAACACUAAUUGCACCCAUUAAGACUAUCGAGAAGAAAAAAAAGGAACCCCAAGAAGCAAAAGAAGUUCUAAAAUUGAUAUGUGAUGAAAUAGACAACACGAAGUUGGAGUCCCGUGAUGCUUAUUCUCGCUAUUACACCAAACCAUUUCUGGAAGCCGCACGUCAAAACGCUUAUCAGGUUGUUGAUGAGAUUUUAAAGAGAUGUCCUGAAGCAAUUCGGUAUACAGAUAAAAGCGGGUAUGACAUCAUACAGUUAUCCGUAAUACACCGUUCAGAAAAGAUCUACGAGCUUAUCUAUGAACUUGGGAGCGCUAGGAAUGUCUAUAAAAUGAUGGAAGAUUCUUCUAAGAACAAUCUGUUACACUUGGUGGGAAGAUUACCUCCUUGGCAUAAACUAAAGCUGCGCACUGGUGCAGCAUUACAACUACAAAGAGAGCUUCAAUGGCGUGAGGAAGUGAAGAAGAUGGUAUCUCCGGCAUACCAUACUAAAGAAAACAUUUUUAAUGAGACACCGGAUAUGGUAUUCACAAACGAACACAAAAACUUGGUGUUGGAAGCAGAAAUGUGGAUGAAAACCGUAGCAGAAUCAUGCAGCAUUACUGCAGGGCUGAUUACCACAAUUGUAUUUGCGGCAGCAAUUACAGUACCAGGUGGAAACCAUCAAGAUAAUGGCUUCCCCAUGUUUGCAGGACAGAUUCCCUUCACGAUCUUUGGUAUAUCGGUUGCAAUCUCACUAUUUGCAUCGACUACAGCAUUACUAAUGUUCCAGUCCAUCCUCACUGGCCGUUUUUCUGAGGAAGAUUUUCUAGACAGUUUGCCAAGUCGAUUGAUUUUUGGCCUUUUCUCCUUAAUGAUAUCAACAACUGCCAUGAUUGUGGCCUUCAGCACGACCUUGUUCCUUGUAUUUUGUCAUAAAAAGCUAUGGAUGCUUGCUCCGAUAGGUGUAUUAGCUUUCCUCCCGAUUGCAUCUUUUCUCAUUGUUCAAAUCCGCCUGACGGUAGAUCUAUUGCAGUCAACAUAUGGGCAGAUCGAGUAUAUCUUUGAAAAGUAUAACCUCGGAAACAGCAUUACAUAUAAUCCAAAUGACGUCAGUCUGUUUUUUAGACAGUGAUAAUAAGUGCAGAUCUCGGAAUCACGUAUUUUACUGCAUUUUCUCCAAAGAUAUGUUGGGUAAAACAAUCAUAAUUUGUUAAUUUCCGAUGUCGUUGAGAGAACAAGAACUACAUUCUCGUUUGAUAUAAGUAUUGUCAGAUAUUGAGUUUCCUAUGUUAUUUUGAGAACACGUAUCUUCACCUCUUGAAUUUGUUGUGAUGACUAUUUAUUAUUAUUAUUUUUUCUUUUUUCAUGUGCUAA